AUGUCAUCUCCCUCUCCUCGAUUCUCCAUCGACAGCUUCGCCUCGCCCAUAUCACCCAAUGGUAGCCGCAGUGCCUUUCCUUUCCCGCCUCAGGAGGCAUCAUCCCGCCCCUCUCCCAGCAGACGACCGACUCGAAGAGGCAGCGCAUCGAGUACCUUAUCAGUCGGAUCGAUAGGUGGCAGUCUGGAUAUACAGAGCCGGAGGGGGAGCACAGCGAGGGAGACCAGCCAGAAUGCGAUAUCUACGCUGCUUCAGCCUCCAAUCGUGCGGACCGGCCUGAUCCCGCACACCCAAGCUUCAGCGGCUGCGGCUGGCUUCAAAGCGCCCACCACGAGAGACAUUCCGCCUGUCACGUUGACUAACGUACCACACGUGCCUCCGGAGAACUUCCGCGAUUACCUCAAUCGCAUAGCGCCCCUGUUUGAGAGCUUUCAGAGGGGGAGGUCGGAACCAGAGCAACCCCAAUGGCUGAAGAAGGACAAGGAGUCAGAAAAGGCGGAUCGAUUCGCAGAACAGUUGGAGAGCAGUUUGAGCAGAGAUGCAUCCGCUCCGCCAUCGAUAUCGCGGCAAGCAUCAGUCACUAGUCUUUUCUCCCCUGCUGAGACGCCAGGACAACCCAAGCGAAGGUCAUCAGCUCAGUAUCGAAAAAAUCGCAACGAACCAACACCGCUUUCUACGAUACCCACUGUGUAUUUUGAUCAAGACUUCCACCUGGAGAAUCCGCGCACGUUCGAUGUUGUCUCCGAGCGAUCCGAAAUCGUACGACCUCCGCCGGGCACGCCCAGUAUCGAAAUGAAGGCGCCGAAUAGAGCUCCUCAACCCCCACGCAAAGCUCUAGCCACGAAUGCGAUCCUGCAGGAGAAGAUGAGUUGGUACAUGGAUACGGUGGAAGUACAUUUGAUCAAUAGUAUCAGUACCGCUAGUAGCGGUUUCUUUGCUGCGCUUGGGUCGUUGAAAGAGCUGCAGAAUGAAGCAGAAGAAAGUGUGGCCAAGAUUCAAAGCCUGCGUGAUGACUUGCGGAGGCUGGACGAAGAAGUCGCGCUUUCAGGAUUGGAAGUGGCAGCUAAACGACGGCGGAGAGAAAACGUGCGGAAGUUGAGGACCGCGACAGCACAGGUGCAAAGAGUCGUCGAGAACGUCAAGAAGGCGGAUGAGCUGGUGGAUGAGGGAGCAUACGAUGAUGCAGCGGACCAGAUGGGCAGGGUUGGGCGACUGAUUUGCGGCCAACAGGAGCCGGGAGAAGGGGCACAGGAAUUGAUUGACCUACGACCACUGAAGGCCUUGCAAGGAUUGGAUUCUGGACUGCAGGAACUUCAACUACGGAUCGGGACGGGAUUCGCACAGCGCUUCACGGCAAUACUCAUGGACGAUCUACGACAGCACGUGGAGAAGGUCCCCCCAGGCGAUACCAUGAAACGCUGGUCGCGACAAAGAGGCGUGUCACCUACAUACAUGGAGACGAACGAUAGUUUCCGCAAAGACCUUUUGAUAGCCUUGAAAGGCUUAUCCCGAGCAGGGCACACGGCACCUGCGACUGCAGCUUACAGAGAAGCUGUGAACAGAGAGAUGAAAGCCAUCAUCCGGAGGUAUCUACCAAGCAGUAGCGAUGACGAUACGGACAGCAUGGUCUCGACCUCGACGAGGGGAGGCAAGCACGUGUCUCAACAAGAGAAGAGUAGCAUCCUAGCUCGUAACCUGCGCACUCUGGAUCCCGAAGAUGCUGAGAGGCUUCUCAUCAAUGUGUACACUUCAGUAGGAGAAGCGCUUCGGAGAGUGUCGACACAGACCAAAAUUUUGCUGGACGUUACCAGCAGCAUGUCAGCACCAGAGCCCAAGUCGCCUCCACGAUCUACAAAUCCAUCAACGCUGGACGAGCAAGUUGCCCACGGGUCAUCGACUGCGCCGCCGAAGAUAACAGUGCAAGAAGAGCUAUCGCAGGCCCUGGACAUGUCCAGCCUCCUGGGUCAAGCUGUUGACACUGCUCAGACGCAAAUCACAAGAGUGCUGAAGGUCCGGAACGAGCAGUCUGUACGCCUCCCAAAGGAGUUCUUCCUGCGAUACUUCACGCUCAACCGUCUCUUUGCCGACGAGUGCGAGGCGGUGAGUGGGAGGGGUGGCAAUGUCCUCAAAGGUAUUGUCAACGCCCAGAUCUCCGGCUUCGUGCAGGUCUUGGGCACCGCCGAAACAGAGCGCACUGCUGGGGUACUGGAUAGGGACACUUGGAAUGCCGAGGAUUUCACGGAAGAGCACAGCACUAAGCUACAGCGCAUUGUGGCCUCGAUGAGUUCCGAUCCACCUGAAUGGACGAAAGGAUCAGCACCUCUCUGGGAAGAACCAAGCUCCCAUCCACCCGUCAAUGGUCAGACGCCCGCAGCCAACGGCACAGAUGUUGCUAUGUCAAAUGGUACCACGCCAGGUGCGAAAAAGGAGAUAAGACCUGCCUACAUUGACGAGACCCGCUAUAUCCUCGUCUCCUCUGCCGCUUCUCUCCUGGGCUCAAUUGACGCCUUUCUCUCCCUCACAGCGGCUUUGCCCUCCAUGACGCCCCAGAUCUCGACGAGCCUCCUCGAUGUCCUUCGAACAUUCAAUUCUCGCUCCUGCCAAUUGAUCCUUGGAGCUGGCGCCACUCGCAGCGCAGGCCUGAAGAAUAUCACAACGAAACACCUCGCGCUCGCAAGUCAGGCGCUCAGCUUCAUCAUCGCACUAGUACCAUACAUGCGCGAAUGUGUCCGCCGACAUGUACCGGCUGGCCAGAAUGGAAUUCUCGCCGAGUUUGACAAGACCAAGCGGCUCUAUCAAGAUCAUCAAAGUGGCAUCCACGACAAACUCGUCGAGAUCAUGACCUCUCGGUCAUCGGCACAUGUGAAAGCCAUGAGUGCCAUCAACUUCGACGAUGCAUCCGCAGGUGGUGAUGAGAAACCAUCGGCGUACAUGGAGACGUUGACCAAGGAAACGCUCACGUUACACCGCGUUCUGGGCCGUCACCUUGGCGAGAUCGACGUGAGCAUGAUCAUGCGGCAAAUCUUCUCUGGCUAUCGAGAUCAGUGGACCAAAUCAUUUGGUGAUGUUGAUGUCAAGACAGAAGCUGGCGAGAAGAGGCUCCUGAGAGACGCGGAAGCAUUUGAGUCGAAGUUGGGCAAGGUUGAAGGCUUUGGCGACAUAGGAAAGGAGAUUGUUGCUGUAGUGAAGUCGAAGAUCUCUGUCGAGGAAGAUGGACACGAAGAGCGCAAGCCGAAAGCCACCAAUGGAAAUGGAGAUGCAGCAGACGUGAACGAGGAGAAGAAAUCUUAG